UUGUGUGUGUGGGCGGGGCGGAGAGCAGCGUGCUUGGUGUGCGAAAGAGAAAUUCACAAACCAGUCCGGUCCAUCACGCGGUCCAGUGGAAUAUUUCACUCCAUAGGUUGCUCAAUAUUUGGCUAAUGUAGCUGUCAGUACUCUGCCGUGGAAAGGAUUAGAGUGGCUUAUUGCGAUGACGAGAAGUUUCUAACUCCCGCUCAGGCCGCCUGUCAAAGAGAGAACGCCCAGUGCUCUACAGCAUCUCGCGCUGAAGUGCGCUCUUCACCGAACAUUUUAGUUACCGCCGUGGAGGAAAACGGUAGAACCUAUCCACCGGAGAGCAACAUCUCAUUAAAUAGAGUAAUAAGGUGACAGGCCGUGGAACAUCAUAUAAAGACUGAGGAGCCCAGAGUGAAGUGAUGUAGAGGAUGAUGAUGAUGAUGAUGAAGGUGUGCUGGGUUGUCCCCGUGAGGAGGAAGAGCAUCGCCUGACUCUCCUCCGCCUCCUCCAAUCGCUCCGCGCCAGGACGAUGUCAUCGACCCCAAACCCUUCGGCCCCGCCCCUUAAGAAGGGAAGGAAACCGGAGGCGAUGGCGGACUCGGCCCAGACAGCCAAUGAGGAGCUGCGGAUCAAGCUGACGGACAUCCAGAUCGAGCUGCAGCAGGAGAGGGGCAAGGUGUCGAAGCUGCGCGAGCGUCUCCAGGAGCAGCGGCAGGCGCGGGAGCUGGAGCAGCACAAGCACGCCGUGGCGCUGACCGACCUGCGCGCCAAGAUGCACGAGGAGAAGCUGCGCGAGCUGGCGUGCGGCCGCGAGGCCCUGGCCCGGCAGCACGAGGUGGAGCUGGCCCGCAGCAUCAAGAUCCGCGACGGCGAGCUGCAGCGCCUGCAGGGCCUGGUCACCGCCCUGCGGGACGGAGCGGCCGACAAGCUGAAGAGCGCCCUGCUGGGGGAGGCCAGGGAGGAGGCCCGGCGGGCCUUCGAUGGGGAGAGGCUCAAACUGCAGCAGGAGGUGUUGGAGCAGAAGACUGCCAGGAAGCAGGCGGAGGAGGCUCUGGCCAACACGCUGCAGGCAGACAAGGCCAAAGCAGCCGAUCUCCGAACAGCCUACCAGCAGCACCAGGAUGAGGUGAACCGCAUCAAGCGAGACUGUGAGAGAGACAUCCGUCGCGUGAUGGACGAGUUGAAGGGGAAGGACCGCGUGGUGGCGGCCCUGGAGAGGGAGCUGGGCGCGCAGGCCGGCUACGCCCAGAAGCUGCAGCUCCAAAACCAGGCUCUGGAUGAGCAGCUGGGCCACGUGCGGGAGGCAGAGAAGCACCACGGCAGCCCCAAGAGAGAGGUGGCGCCCCCCCUGGGGGACAGCCCCGAGCACCCCAACAACCAGGAGGUGGAAGAGAGGGAUAUGAGGAGGUUCCAGCUGAAGAUAGCCGAGCUGCACUCUGUCAUCAGGAAGCUGGAAGACCGGAACACUCUGCUGGCGGACGAGAGGAACGAGCUGGUGAAACGGGUGCGCGAGGCCGAGAGUCAGAUGAAGCCGCUGUUUGAGAAGAACAAGCGCAUGUCCAAGAAGAACGAGGACCUGCUCCAGACUCUGCAGCGCAUGGAGGAGAAGCUGAAGAACCUGAGCCGGCAGAACGCAGAGAUGGUAAGGAGAAGGUGCAGUCGCGCGCCCCCCCCGCCUCCUCAAUCCCAGCAGAACCCUCUGAAGAGGCCCACCUCGCUGACGGACUUGAGCCACGCCCACGAGGAGCAGGAGGUGGAGUUCCUCAAGCUGCAGGUUGCCGAGCAACGGGGCCUCAUCGACGAGCUCACGCAGGAACGGGACAGACUGGUGAUCAACAAGAAGAACAGGAGGAAAAAUGUGAAAAUGCCCAAAAGGCAUGUUGUGGAGACAUAUUUUGGAUUUGACGAGGAGUCGGUGGACUCUGAGACGUCCUCGCUGACCUCCUACAACACUGACCUCACAGACCGCACCCCCGCAACCCCCGAGGAGGACCUGGAAGACGGUGUGUCUCGCGAGGAGGCGGAGCUUCGUUUCCGUCAGCUGACCAGAGAGUACCAGGCGCUGCAGCGGGCGUACGCCCUCCUGCAGGAACAGUCCGGGGGCUCGCUGGAUGCCGAGCGGGAGGCCAGGACGCGUGAACAGCUGCAGGCGGAUCUGAUUGGCUGCCAGGCCACGAUCUCCGACCUGGAGAAAGCCCUGGCCGAGAGGGGGCAGGACUCCAAAUGGGUGGAGGAAAAGCAAUAUCUCAUCAGGACCAAUCAGGAGCUCCAUGAGAAGAUGUGUGUGUUGCAGCAGGGAGAGUCCAAACUGCAGGCUGAGGUUCAGGAUGCCAGGGACCAGAACGAGCUGCUGGAGUUCAGGGUGUUGGAGCUGGAAGUAAGAGAGUGCACUACUAUCAAACUACCACCAGGGGGCGACAGCGGCCUCCAGUCUCGACGCAAAACCUACAUACAGUGACCAGCCCGAGACCCAUACACUCAUUCACACUCUUCAAGGAAGAUGCGCACACACACUUGCUUCUGUGUGUACAGAUAUUUGUUUGUUUUGCAUGUUUCGGCCUUGCCUUGUCUUGCCUUCCCAACCAGACCAGGAACAUUUUUAUUUUUAUGUUGAACGUUGUACAAGAAUGUUGUCUCAAGCGAGAUGAAGAUGAACAUAAUUCUUUAUGGAAUAAAACGUAUUUAAGUU